UAUUUUAACUUUAAGACCAAACGGAAGAAAAUGAAAAAACCAAAUUCUGACUAAUCAAACGCAUCCCUAAAAGGAGGAAAUUAGGAAAUUAGGGCCGAGGCAUUUCCCAUUAUUCUUUGCACUUCACCUGUUCGACUGCUCUUCCCUUUCUCUCUCUCCCCCCCUUUCUACGCGAGAUCGCCGUCGAUCUGCCAAAAAUGGUUAGAGGAUUGCUGAAGAACUUGGUGUCUAAAUCUCUCUCAUCCGCCGGGAAAUGGCAACAGCAGCAGCUCCGCCGUCUCAACAUCCACGAGUAUCAGGGGGCUGAGCUCAUGAGCAAGUAUGGUGUCAAUGUUCCUAAAGGACUUGCCAUAUCUUCUGUUGACGAGGUUCAAAAGGCUAUCAAAGAUUCCUUUUCCGGUCAAGAUGAGGUGGUAGUUAAAAGUCAAGUCCUUGCUGGUGGACGAGGAUUGGGAAAAUUUAAAAGUGGAUUACAAGGUGGAGUUCACAUUGUGAAGACAGAUCAGGUUGCAGACUUGGCUGGAAAGAUGCUUGGUCAGAUAUUGGUCACCAAACAAACUGGUCCACAGGGAAAACCUGUUAACAAGCUUUAUUUGUGUGAAAAGAUGUCGCUGACAAAUGAAAUGUACUUUGCCAUCACACUUGAUCGUACGACUGCUGGUCCCCUUAUAAUUGCUUGCAGCAAAGGAGGAACAAGUAUUGAAGACCUUGCUGAAAAGUAUCCUGACAUGAUCAUUAAGGUACCUAUUGACGUUUUCAAAGGCAUUACUGAUGAAGAUGCUGCUAAGGUUGUUGAUGGUCUUGCUCUCAAGUCGGCCGAUAAACAGGCUUCCAUUGAACAAGUGAAGAAUCUGUAUAAGCUUUUCUGUGAAAGUGACUGCACCAUGCUAGAGAUUAAUCCUCUUGCAGAAACUUCUGACAACCAAUUGGUGGCUGCUGAUGCAAAGCUCAAUUUUGACGACAAUGCUGCAUUUCGUCAGAAGGAGAUAUUUGCUUUACGUGACACAUCACAGGAGGAUCCUCGGGAGGUUGCUGCUGCAAAAGUUGAUUUGAACUAUAUUGGUCUUGAUGGAGAGAUAGGUUGCAUGGUCAAUGGGGCUGGAUUGGCUAUGGCUACAAUGGAUAUAAUUAAGUUGCAUGGAGGAACUCCUGCCAACUUUUUGGAUGUUGGUGGUAGUGCUUCUGAACAUCAGGUGGUCGAGGCAUUUAAGAUAUUAACUUCUGAUGAGAGAGUAAAAGCAAUUAUGGUGAACAUAUUUGGAGGAAUCAUGAAGUGUGAUGUUAUAGCCAGCGGGAUCGUAAAUGCUGCAAAAGAGGUCUCGAUGAAGGUACCUUUGGUUGUUCGGCUUGAGGGGACAAAUGUGGACCAGGGGAAGAGAAUAUUGAAGGAGAGUGGCAUGACCAUCAUAACAGCCGAAGACCUCGAUGAUGCAGCUGAAAAGGCAGUGAAAGCAGCUUCUAGUCAAUAAUGUUGCUUAGUCGACGAUAAUUUGACUUAUGGUUUCACAUUUUUUGUUUUACACCAUGUCAGCUCCAAUUUGUUGGAGAAAAUUUGCAUAUAAAUUGGCUCUGAAAAUGGCAAAGUAUAAAUUGACACAGAGAAGAUCACAACGAGAUGAUUCCGAACAUUAAUCUCUGUUUUCUUGACUUUCCGGCACCCCUCUGACUUCAGUUCAACUAGAAAGGCGAAAGGUAGGGAUGCUCUGCAGUUUGUUGCAAUUAGCUUUCCUUUCGGAUUAGCUUUCUUCCGAAUACGGGGGUCUAUUGGGUUUUCCAGUUCCGGCCUGUUCAACAGGCACCCAUAAGUUAAAUUGUGUUUAUAUAUUGAGCACCCUGUCAAGUUCCAUGUCAAUAAUUUUUUAGCAAAUGGUGCAUGCAACUUUUAUGCACUUUUGACUGUUCAAAAGCUUCACUACAUAUGCCACAUAAAAGAUUGUAUUAUGGUCCUUGUUCAAUCUUUAUUUUGGUGGAGAGUUAA